CUUGUAAAAAGGAACUCAUCUCUUUUCCAAGUUCUUCAAACCCUUCGUAAUCCCAUUCGAUCAGAAACUGUUUUCACCGAUCUUUAUCAAUCCGCCAUGGGAGGAGGAAAUGCCCAAAAAUCCAAGAUGGCUCGUGAGAAGAACUUGGAAAAGCAAAAGGCCGCCGCCAAAGGUAGCCAGCUUGACUCUAAUAAGAAGGCCAUGACCAUCCAGUGCAAGGUUUGCAUGCAAACAUUCAUCUGUACUACAUCAGAAGUGAAGUGCCGGGAGCAUGCCGAGGCAAAGCAUCCUAAAUCUGAUCUAUACACAUGUUUUCCUCAUCUUAAAAAGUAGCACACCGAACUCAAUAACGAACUGUGGAAGUUGAGACGGCUUGUAGCAAGCAUCUAUCUUGUUACCUUGGUUAUGAUGUAUGAUUUAACUACUUAAAAUCUCUUUCACAAGCGUGUAAGGUUGAACGACGAUUUUCAUGUUGUAAUUGCCGUGUCAUGUUCUAUCAUGGGUGUCGAUCGAAUCUGCAUGGACUUGAUGCUUGUUGCUUGAUUUGGAUUAUAAUUAAUGUGGUGAAGCUUCCAUUUUUCAUGUUUA